AUGGUGUGUGAUUUAAUGCGAGAUUUUGAGCGGGUUCAUUCCAACGUGAGUGGGAUUCCAGUGGCUCACGGAGUUGCGAAGUGGAGACCGCCGAUUGGGGAGAUUCUUAAAGUGAACUUCGAUGGGGCCAUGUUCAUGCGGCAGAAGGUCUGUGGGGUAGGGGUGGUGAUUCGGGAUCUCAAUGGCGUUCCUGUUGCAGCUUUAUCGGAGCAAAUUCCACAAUGGAUGGAGAGUGAUUGUAUUGAAGCUAUUGCUGCUGUCAAGGCUUUGGAUUUUGCAACAGAAUUGGGAUUAACAAACAUUCAUUUGGAAGGUGAUUCCCUUACUGUGAUCAAGGCUAUGCGAGAGGAUGGUUAUCUUAAUGCUUCGUUUGGUCAUUUUUUACAAUAUGCCAUUGAUCGUAGUAAGCAAUUUGCGAGCUUCUGUGUUUCGCACACGCGCCGGAGUGGCAAUGUAAUGGCUCACCAUUUGGCUCAAAUGGCUAAGGAGGAUCCGGAGAAACGAGUUUGGAUGGCUGGGGUUCCUGAGCAUUUAGUGCAGGUUUUGUUGAGUGAUGUUCCUGUUUUGUAG